AUGGACGGCGAGGAGCUGCAGAGGCAGCACCGUGUGUGGCUCCGGCUAAUCCCGAAAUCGGAAAGGUUCACAGCAUAUUUACUGGCAAAGACUGUGAAAGCAAAACUUGAAACAGAAAAAAGGAACGGCUCGGGAUCCCUGUGCCUGUGGAAUCUAACCACCAUUGUUUUGCACAAAACCUCUAGCACUCACCGCGGGGCGCGUCCCCUAGACCUGACGGCAGGGAGCAGGCGCGGGGGCCCGAGCGGCUGCGGCCGGGGGAGGGUCCUAGCCGGGGUCUCCCUGCGCGCCGGCCCCGCUCCAGGACCCGCAGGUCUCAGGGCUCCGGCCAGUUGGCGCUCUGAACGGGUCUCGUUCCGGCCCACCGGGAGCCCGGCCACAGGCUGUGCGCCACGGACUGUGUCCCCCGCGGUGCCCUUCCCCGGAGCGGGGGGCGCGGCCGGGGGCUCGCUCCCUCCCGGGCGCAGGCUCCGGGGCGCCCCUCCCGCGGCCGCCGUGCGUGCCCGCGCCGCGCCUGCGCCCCCACCGGCGGGGAUCCGGGCCCGAGCAGGCUGGGCUCCGAGGCGCCGCGCCGGGCACCCCUCUGCGGGCCGCUGGGGCCUGGCUGCCCCGGGGACCCGGCCGCGCGCUCCGGCUCCAGGUCCCUCGCUCCGGGGCGCGCUCCUCGCGGCGGCGGGGCCGCCAGGACGCGGAACAAGAGUAUGUGGGACGAUGCUAUGGAAACACUGCCAGCAGAGGAAGUCCUGUGUUUUCCUGACGCCCACCUGGCAAGUGAAUUGCCCACUGGCCCCAGGUGAACAGUGUGGACACAGAGCUGCAGAUGCCAGGAUGCAAGACAGACACCCACCCCCUGGCUGA